AUGACCAACUUUAAACCAAAUACUGGAUGUCCUGAUGCUUUACAAUGUUAUGAUUUGAAUGAUACUAAGGAAGAGGAUACUAAGGAGACUAAGAACAUUAAGGAGGAGGAUACUAAGGAGACUAAGGAUACUAAGGAGAAGCAUACUAAGGAGACUAAGGAGACUAAGGAUACUAAGGAGGAGGAUACUAAGGAGCAGUAUACUAAGGAGAAGGAUACUAAGGAGACUAAGGAUACUAAUGAGGAGGAUACUUAG